GAGUGAAGAGUCAGCAGCACCUGAACCUGUAACGCUUGAAUAUUAAAACGUGCUUCUCCAAGAAUCAGCUCGAGAUUUAAAGUGAUCGCUGAACUUUAACUGUUAAAGAGCGCACACAAACCUCUUGCUGAAAAGAAUCAGUAAACUUUGUUACAAAUAAAUAAACAGUUUGAUGGUGGGCGUGGCUUCCAGCAGGACACACCCGCGUCUCUCCAGAAUUAUGCGCGAGACUGUCUUUGAGCGAGACGUCUGUGAUUCCAGCGACUGUGCGCGUGCAUCAUGACGGUCUGUAGCGCUUUCAGACCGCUCAGCGUGGCAGCGAGACACGGCCGCAAAAUCCCCUCGGGUCAGGAGCUGCUAGCGCGCAGUGUCAAGUCACACGCCGGAGACCUGAGCCCCCAGUCUGCUGCGGCUUUCCCCGGGAAAUUAAAGAGCAUAGAUGACCUGCCUGGUCCCAGUCUCUCCACCACGGCUUACUGGCUGUUCGUGAAAGGAUAUGCGGAUAAAAGUCAUGCUUUACAGGUGGAGCACAAGCGCCUGUACGGGCCAAUCUGGCGCUCACGGUUCGGGCCGUUUGACAUUGUGAACGUGGCGACAGCAGAGUUCAUUUCCCAGGUGACCCGUCAGGAGGGUCGGUACCCAAUGCGCACUGUGCUUCCACACUGGAAAGAGUACCGAGAUAUGAGGGGUCAGGCUUAUGGGCUCCAUGUCGGGAUGGGUGAGGAGUGGUACCGAAUGCGUAGUGCCCUGAAUCCAAAAAUGCUGAAGCUGCAAGAGACAGUUGCAUAUGCACCGGUCAUCCAUGAUGUGGUGUCAGAUCUGCUGCAGAGAGUGGAGCGACUGCGCUUGCGCAGCCAGGACAAGAGCACUGUCUAUGACCUCGCUUCUGAACUCUACAAGUUCGGCUUUGAAGGCAUUUCUUCGAUCCUGUUUGAAACACGCUUGGGCUGUCUUCAGGAGGAAAUUCCGACAGAAACACUUCGCUUCAUUGCGGCAGCUAAUAACAUGCUAACUCUGUCUGAGACUGUGCUGUUUUUUCCUCAAUGGACUCGGAAGAUACUUCCUUUCUGGAAGCAGUUCAUCCUGGCCUGGGAUGAUCUCUAUGACGUAGCGCGGACUUUGAUUGACAGGAAGGUGAAGCAGAUAGAGGAGAAGGUGCAGCGGGGAGAGAAGCUGGAAGGCAUGUACCUUACCUACCUGUUAUCAAGCAGCAAACUCUCCCUGGCAGAGGUUUAUGUCACCAUCUCUGAGCUGUUGCUUGGGGGAGUUGACACGACGUCUAACACCAUGUCCUGGACUUUGUAUCACCUCGCCCGUGAUCCAGACGUGCAGAAUCGUCUCUAUCAGGAGGUGGUGUCUGUGUGUCCAGACAGGCGGCUGCCUACCACAGAAGACUUGAGCAGAAUGCCAUACCUUAAAGCUGUUAUCAAGGAAACACUCAGAUUGUAUCCUGUUGUGCCUGGUAAUGGACGCCUCACCAUGGAAAAUGAGGUUGUUGUAGGUGGUUACUUGUUCCCAAAACAGACACAGUUCCAUCUGUGUCACUAUGCCGUGAGUCACGAUGAGAACGAGUUUCCAGAUCCUGAAAGUUUCAUUCCGGAGCGCUGGCUGAGGGGAGGACCAUCACAGUCCCAACACCACCCCUACAGCUCCAUCCCAUUUGGAGUUGGGGUCCGGGCUUGUGUGGGGAAACGGGUGGCUGAACUGGAGAUGUACUUUGCUCUGUCUAGGCUGCUGCAGCACUAUGAGGUGCGUCCUGUGGAUGGAGCCUCAGCCAUUCACCCCAAAACAAGGACUCUCCUCAUUCCUUCCAAACCUAUAAACCUGCGCUUUGUACCCCGGACCUGAAGGUGGCGCUGCUCACCAAGAGAAUAAGAAAGACAAAUUUUUAGAUCUGUAAGUCUUCUAAGGUUCAAGUAUAAUAGGAAACUGCAGUGGCCCAGAACAUAAUAAUUCCAGUGGCAUCUCAUAUCAGAAAUGAAUCUCGAAAAAAUUUGAUCUCUGCAAAAUGGACUAAUAUAAUAACAAUAUCUCAUGGUUAAAAUGUUCUUUAAAAUGUGUUAUAAUUCUUAUAGGAUUUUUAUGGCCACAGUAGAUAUUAAGUCUCUCAGAGAUGAUUUUUUUUUUUUAAAUUCCUGCAUGUUUUCUUGCUUGCAGCACUUAUGUAAUAAGCCCUGUGCUAUUGCUUAAAGCCCACCAUUCAUUAUCAUUAUCUUCAUCUUUAUCUUUAAUCAUUAUCAUUAUCUUUAUCUUACAAAAUACAGACCUUUACGCAAUGGUUAAGCAUUAUAAACUUUGCACUCUGCCCUGAAACUUGAACAUUUUCUGGUUCUGGUUGCAGGUCACAAGUUUAUAUUAAUGUGCUUGUUGUAAUACAUUAUCGUUUCUAUAGUAACAACUUACAUGUACUUGUAUGGUGGAUGACCUACAUAAUCUAGGACUAAUAAUAAACAUUAGAAAAAUGGGCAGUUAUUAAAAUAAACAACAAAAAAACCCCACAAAAAUAGAAUCGUUGGUAUGGUGAAGUUUUCUUUAAGGCUUUAUUUAACAUUUAUAGAAGGAGUCUCCAGUGUCAGUGAUUAAUAACAGAUUUCCAGCAUGGGAAAGUCUUCAGGACAGAGGAGUUCACACUUUGCAGUACAAAGCACUGAGACUCCUUCCGUGAAUGUUAAAUAAAUGUCUUUGCAUUUUCUGGUUUCUCUGUAACAUGCCAAGCUGUGUUUUUUUUUUUUGUCUUAUUAACUUCAAGGGAGGAAAAAAGUGAGGCUGGUGAGGGAACGGCUGUUUAGAGUCGCUAUAUCAUAAGUGAUAACAGGAGCGAAUGUGUUUCAUGGAUGUUCCACAACAUUAAACAUAAUCAUAAAUGGAAGUAAAGUAAACAAUUAAGAUUUUUUUUUUUGCAUUAACAAAUUGCUAUGGUAUAAGAGGAAUAAAACACUUCCAGACAUGCUGUUAUGGGAAAAUAAUCAACUUUGGGCUGGUAACAGUAGCUCCCCUUCAUCACACUAGGAUGUUGUUGAUUAUUUUCCUAACAGCACGUCUCCAAGUCUUUUAUGCCUUACAUAUUACACAGCACUUAAACUGUAUCCAAUAAUUCAGUGCAGUAACUUGUAUGCAAGAAAAAAAUAUAAUAAAAUAGCAAAAAUCAUCAAAUCAAACCUCAAGGAACUCAACUUUGUUUCUUUAAUGUUAAGAUGCAUGGAAGGUGUGAUUUAGACUGAUUUAGAUUGUGGCAUGGCUGUGCUUACAAACUCGCAUACACACUGACUCAGCUGCUGUUUAGUUUUAGGUUCAUAGGCAACGAUCAUGGGUUUAUCCCAAAUGCUAGAAGUUAAUUUCGACAAAAGGCUCAGGAAAUGUCUUGCUGUAUUUGUAACCAAUUUAGUAGCUAAGAGCCUGCUAGUUAAUUGACAAUGUAAAGACAAUGCACUGAUUAACUAUGUUCGCUACUAACAGGCUGCUACUGUAGAGGCGGGACAUAUAUGUUCUAGAGAGCAUUUAAUUGGAUGAACACAAGAUUAGUACAGGAGGAAUCAUCAAAAAAAUGUGUAGUUUUCCCAGAAGUGAUGAACUUCGUGUACCACUAAGGGAGAGGUACAAAAAGCUUUAAAGAUGAUUGGACAGAGAAGUACGUGUUUAUUCUCUGCUUUCAAUUCAAAGUAGACAUCUCAUCAGUUCAGAAUCAGUGACGCUAGUCAAAAAUGGUAAGAUGAAGAACCAGUGUAAUAUAAUUUUCUUUCUAACUAUCCACUAAUCAUAGGUAACUGUUGUCAUGAUUCAGUCAUGUUAGUGGCUUAUCCGGAGGUUUGUAAGCAAGGACUUUUAUGUAGCUGGAAUACCCGUGAUCUCUAUCAAUCUCCUGCUGCUGUUUAUAAAUAAUAAGCAAUCCAAAAUGUCCAAGAUGAAAAAUUGCCAGCUUUAUUAUGAACCACAUUCCAGAGAUUAAUAAGUGAAAUACCUGCUAGAUUUAUUUUUUUUAUGUACACAUAAAGUUCUGCAGGAAGAAGCUGCAAUCAUGAGGCCACUCAAAACUGCUAGAGCAGAUACUGACAAUUAUAAAGAUCUUUCCAUCAACAACACUGAAUUUAAUGAACUUUAAUUUCAGUAAACGUUUCUGGCCUGCUAUGAACUAUGACUCUCACGUACUAAAUCUGAAGAAUGCUGAAUGUAAAAAAUAACUGUCAGACUGAGGCGGCAGUGCGGACUACCCUCAUUUAUCUGAUCCUUUAGGCUAAGCAGCUAUGUGUUUUUUUUUUGUUUUUUUUUUUGUCUCCUCUGGUUUGUUUUCUAUCAUGGCAAAAAUAUUAUGUACAACUUUCAAAUGAUACAGAAUAAUACAUUUAAAAUUCUUAGUUACAUUAAAGGUACAAUGAUGAGCAUCGUGACUAUUGUGGUAUUGCACAACUUGGCAUCUUUGCGAUAACUUGGAAAAAAGUGCAGAAUGUUUUUCAUUUUUAUUUUUUUUUUCUACCUUGGAAAUGAACUGCAAAUAAUAACGAGAAGACUUUCUGUAAAAAAAAAAAAAAAAAGGAGAAA